CCAUUUUAGGUUAAUUUACUUGAUUAUAGUGACUUGAUGUUUGUAAUUUUUGAAGACCAAUUGCGAGAUUGAUGUAAUCAAUGCACUAACAAUGACAUCGCUUUUAAAGACAAUCAAUGGGUUUCAACUUUUUCACAAAUGCUUGAAACAAAGUAUCAAUAUAUCUGUCCCAAAACGAGAAAAAUAUAUACCUAAACCUAGAUAUCGUCAUCCAGAAUGGCUUCCUAAACCAAACCGUAUUUUGUAUGAUGAACAACUAACAAAAGAUAAUAAGCAGUUUCUUGACGAAGUGGUUCAAAACAAAUAUGGUUCAUCUACUAUUCAACUUGAAACAAAACUUUCGCCUUUGAAAAUAGAUCCAAUUGAACCUACUGUACAGUGGGAGCAAGGUCUAAAACGUACUGGUUUAAUCGCUAAGAAAAUAGGAGUGUAUCCAUUAUGGUUAAAAAAUGGAAAAAAGAUCAGCUCGACAUUACUUCAGAUUGUUGAUAAUGAAGUUAUAAAAUACAUACCACCGGAGAAAUUUUUUCCAGUAAAAAGUAAAAAACCUCCAAUACAAAUAAAAAAUAGACGCGGAUGUCUUGUAGUAGGAGCAGAAAAUAUAGAUCCGCAAUUAAUUACUAAAGAAUAUUACAAUGUUUUUAAUCAUGCUGGAGUUAUGCCAAAACGUGUAUUAAGAAGAUUCAUAGUAUCUCCAGAAGCAGCGUUGCAACCAGGAACUCCUUUAUUUGCUACACAUUUUAAACCAGGAGAAAUUGUUGACAUUCGUGGAAAAACAAUUGACCGUGGAUUUCAAGGUGUCAUGAAACGAUGGGGCUUUAAAGGGAUGCCUGCCUCUCAUGGCGUAACCAAAACUCACAGAAGACCUGGAAACAUUGGAUCAGGUGGCGAGAAAGGCCGAGUCAUGCCUGGCACUAAAAUGCCUGGACACAUGGGUAAUAGAUGGCGUAUUAAUAGAGGUGUUCGGAUUUUACGAAUAAAUACCAAAUAUAAUGUAAUUUGGGUUCUGGGACAAAAUGUACCUGGUGAAGUUAAUACUUAUUGUUAUAUAUAUGAUACAUUGCUUCCUUUGAGGCAACCUACAACAGCGCCACAUUUUCCUACAUAUUUACCAAGUAUCACAGAGGAAUCACUUCCAGAAGAAUUGUUUGCAGAUGAUAUACAUUCAUUUGCAGAUCCCACAAUAGAAUUUAAAGAAGAAUCUUAAUUAUAUAUAUCUAUAUAACGUUAAAUAAAAA